AUGGUUAAGCUGGAGUCAACAUCCAAUGCAAUUUGGUGGAUCAAAAAUCCCAAGGCAGCCAAAGAAAACAAGUCUAAGGGUCAGCGUAAAGCAUCCUUGGGGUCUGCUUUUUGCUUGGAUAUGGCUGAUCUUCUGAGGAAUAUAUCUUUGCAGGGAUACAAUAAGCUGUUGUCGCCCGACUUAACUUUGGGACAAAGAUUGAUUUGGUUGCUACUACACAUAGCGACCACCAUCUCCCUGGUGGUGGUGCUCUCACUCACCUGGGAGCAGUUUGUGGCCCAAUCCUUUGUGAUCAAUCUGAAGGAUCCACUUUAUCCGGUGGAAAAGGUUGCGUUUCCUGCUGUUUCCAUUUGCCCCAACAAUCGCAUCUCUCGACAGGCGGUCAUUAGAUAUGCUGAGGAACUGAGAUUAAACAGUCCGGUGAUUCGUCCCGUUGAAUAUUUUCUGGAGCGCUUGGGUUUCUUUCGCGAGUUAUAUACCCACGUUGGCGCAACCGUGGACACCGACGACUUUGUCACCUUUCAGACCUUCCUUGAUGUUUUUGGCACCUGGAACAACGAGACUUUCUUCGACACUCGCCGCAUAAUGAAAAUGUUAUCCCCUAAAUGCGAAGAUUUUGUGCUGAAGUGCAGCUUAUCCAAUGUAGAUAUCCCCUGCUUCAGCAGGGACGCCUUUCAGGAGAGUCUCACCAUGUACGGCCCAUGCUGUACUUUCAAUAUGGAGAAUAGAUUAAAGAAACGCCAUUUCCAGGAUCGCCUGGCCAGCCCGGAAAUGGGUCUCAAGGUAGUGCUGAAUGACAGCCAUUCGGACUACUUUGCCACCGUGCUAAAUACAAAUGGAUAUAUUGUGAUGAUUCACAGUGCUGAGAAUUAUGCCUCGAUUAGCUCCUCGAAUGUCCUGGAGAUGUUUCCGGGUCAAGGAGAGGAUAGUUACGUAUCGGUCUAUGCUCGAGUGGUGGACACAGAUAAUAGCUUGAAAUCUUUCUCCCCUUACGGUCGACGGUGUUAUUUCGACCACGAGGUUCAGUAUCCUGUCAAUGACCUGGUAAACAAGACAGUCACCUAUGCAUACAGCUUCCCGAACUGCAUCACCAGGUGCCGAAUCCGUAGUAUCAUCGCCCUGUGUCGGUGCUUGCCCUUCCAAAUGCCCGUACAGCUGGUGGAGAACCUCGAUGGCGUCGUCUACUGCACACUGGGUCAUGUAUCUUGUCUCAAUCAGUACAAGUUCAAGUGGCGUAAUGUCCUGACGGAGAGGCAUUUGAUUAUAGGCUUGGAACGAGAAAUCGAGGAGGCUUUAUAUUGUCCACAGUGUCUGCCUGCCUGCAGCGAUGUUCUGUACAAAGUUUCAAUGAGUGCUCUGCCCAUAGACAAAUAUCUGGCCACCCUGAAGAUGGAUGAGAACAACCAGACGGAGUUCAGCACAGAUAUCUCCCUUCUCAGGGUCUUCUUUGGCGAUGCAAGUGCCCACUAUUAUAUCCGGCUACUGAACAAUGCCUGGUUCGAGGUGUUCAGUACUAUUGGCAACAUAAUGUCCAUCUUUGUAGGCUUCUCUAUGGUGGCCAUUUUUGAGGUUCUUUUUUUUCUGACCAAGUACAUCUAUGAGGGCUGCAAUCGUAUGGUGGAGCAGAAUGUAAUCGACCGGAAGGCAAAGCAGUUGGAAACCAAAAAGUUGUAUAUAUGCCCAUAA